AUGAAUAAAACCCUCACUAAACUUAGCAAUUGGUCACAAGGAUCGAAUCUGGCACUUAAUCCAACCAAGACAAAAUGUAUGCUGUUCACUACCAGUCAGAUGUCAACACACCACUCCCUGUCAUCGCGCCCUCUGCAGCUUGCUGUUGAAGGGAAAGUACUGGAACGAGUAAAAUCAACGAAACUACUCGGAGUACACCUAAAAGAGAAUCUAAAAUGGGACGCCCAUGUGAAACAUCUUGCCUCGACGUGCUAUAGCACCCUAGCAAAUCUCAGAAAAAUUAAGAACUUUACAACUUUCACCCUGAGAAAGCAUCUGGCUGAAAGCUUAAUUAUUUCUCGUUUAGACUUUAGUGACAUAGUAUUCUAUCCAGUAACCGAGCAUCUACUCAAUAGACUACAGCGAAUACAGUACUCAGCUGCUAGUUUUGUGACUGGACGUUAUGUAAAUAGUAUUGAAUCGAUUUUAAAAUUGG